GUGUUCAUUAUGGGGAAGUGGCAUCAGUAUGUGAUGAGAAAAACUUUUUUUUUGUUUCUAAAAAGAAAAGGAGAGAUUGACAAGCGAGAUAUGAGGAGUAUUUGAACAGGAUGCUGCAAUACUUAAGUGCAUUUCUCUUUUAAACUCACUGAUGGUCACCCAGAAGAAAACAUGCCUGAAGCUGAUGUCAUUUACACUGAUGUCAAGUUCACAACAGACAGAAGAAGCAGAAGUGCAGAGGCCACAUCCUCGUCUGCUCAGCCCACGUACUGCGAAGUCAAGAUCCCACAAAGUGAUCCGACCACACGACCAGAACAGCCCGACUCCCAGCGUCCUGCAAAAAGACGAGGGACGCUGCUGACAUUAGAGAGAGUGGCUCUGCUGGUUCUCAGCCUCCUGCUGGCGGCUGCUGUUGCUGCUCUUUUUGUGACACAUCUAAAAAACGCUCAAACCAAGUCCGAGCUUGAAAGGCUCCAACGUUUCCCUGCUGUGUUGAACAAUUACACAGGCAAGACAUGUCCAACGUGUGAUGAAGGCUGGGAGCAUCAUGGUGGAAAGUGCUACUUCUUCACCACCACUCCUUUGACCUGGAACAAGAGCAAAUUAGAAUGCUCGAAACUGGGAGGAGACCUGGUUGUGAUAAACAACAAAGAAGAGCAGAGAUUCCUGGUGUCAAGACUGAUGACAAAAAUGAUAAACCCUGAGGACAAGUUCUGGAUUGGACUGACAGACUCAGAGACAGAGGGCAAGUGGAUGUGGGUGGAUGGAUUACCACUGAACACCAGUUGGAACUUUUGGCUCGGCGCUAACCCGGACAACUGGGAAAAAGAGGAUCGUGAGGGAGAGGACUGUGUGAGGAUGGGGGAGAAAGACGGAGCUCCGGACCUGAAGUGCUGGCUUGACAAAUCCUGCAAAGAACCUCAAAAAAGUAUUUGUGAGAAACAAAUGGGAUUUUACACUUCAUCCAGCUAAAUCUUUUUAGUGAUGCUAAUUUUCUUAUUUAAAAAAAAAAAAAAAAAAACAGCUCACAUUCAAAUUCCUUCUCCAGAAGAAGGGCAUGUUAUCUAUAUCUUUGCACAUACUUUACAAAAGUUCCCUCAUCAAAUUUCCAUAUAGGGUUGCAACAUUUUCAUGGAAAUAAACAGGAAUCUAUGAGAAUAAACAGGACAUUUUUUUGAAAUUUAAA